GUUAGCCCAGUUAAUACUCAAUGAGAGCAAUACUGUCCUGUUUGCAUGUACGUUGGUCAUAUUUACCUCGUAGAAUGGAAAUGAGAGGACAUCCGUGGGCACAUUUUUCUUUCUGUAAAUUGUAUUAAUUUGCUGAAUCCUGUGGUUAUCCACGCAAACGAUGCCCAGGUCAAAUUUAUGGAUGGCCAGUAUGUGCCUCAGUGUAUCAACAUCCUUGCGCAGUCUGGCGCGGCGAAGAGGCACCACCUUUUGGAGAUUCCGCAGUACUACUCCCAUUUCAAAACCCGGCGUAAACAGAGAAAACAGGCUAUUUCAAAAAAAAAAAUCGGAGACAUAGGUUUAUGCUGAAAACAUAACCCACCUCCGACGAGGGUUAGUAAUUCAAUUUAACUAGUAAGUGUGGCAGUCAGUUCACGAGAAGAGUUGGUCAGCUUCGCGUUAGCCGCGAGCGAUGUUCAGCCAUUCCGGGCCGGCAGAAUUCAAGGUGACACCGCGGUAGCAACAUGGAGGACCCCAAACGGAUUAUUUACGCUUUAUCUGUGUUGUUUGUAUAUGACAGUGAAGUUGCGAGAAGUUAAACAUAUUUUUUCGUCGAAGGAAAAUGGUCCCUCGCCCGUUCAUUCGCUCAAUGAACCGGUCGCAACGUUGGCAGUAGCAGAAAAGAAUUUAGCAUCAAGCGGGGACCUAAUUAGCUGUCGGACCGGAACCGGAUGUGAGGAAAUGUGUUUGAACCCAUCAUUUUGUUAUCGUUUGAGCUGCGCAAAAAUAUCAACAUAGCAAACUGUGAAAGGUGAGAUUUUUGUCGUAUCAUCAUUGCGGCAUUUCUUAGGAUUUUUGUUGUUGUGUCAGUACAACAAUUUUAAGGGCAAUGGAACAAACUUUGCUACGCAAACUUCAACAAUGUUUGUGUUGUUAGCUCGUGCUAGCGGCCGAGCCAUGUAUGUUUAUUCGUUCCUGUCUUCAUAAUGUUUUGACUUUUACGUAAUAUGGUGCUACAUUGAAAAACUCGUGAGACGGAAUCGGUGUUGCAUAUUCAUGCUACUUGAACGCCUGGAUGAGAAACGUUUUUUUUUCAACAAAUAACUAAGGAUUCUAAACAUCCGCAAAUAUUUGCGCCAUGAAUCCCUCCAAUCCGUUUGGCAGUCCGCAAAGUGGAGCUUUCCAAGCCCCAAGCAACGCUAUGAAGCCUGGUUUGUUCCAGUCCUUUGGACAGCAAAGUUCUAGCAAUCAGCCCCAAUCUGUGGGCUUUUUUCCACCAUCGGCGUUUGGACAGCCGUCCGUCUUAAAUCAGCCCUCGCCUCAUGCAAAUACCAUCUUUGGACAGACCCCUGCCUUUGGACAGUCGUCUACACAGCCCCCCUCACUGCCUACCAUAAGCCAGGCUCCAGCAUUUGGACAGCCAUCAUUAGCAAUGAGUAGCUCAGGCUUUGGUAGUAGCACCGCACCAGCUUUUGGACAGACUAGUGAACCGAACCAAAGUUCAGUAUUUGGCCAGACCCCUUCAUUUGGGCAGCCGUCAGCGUUUGGGCAGGCUCCAGGUUUUAGCCAGCCGGCCCCGGAAUUUGUCAAACAACCACCAGGGUUUGGCCAACAGACCUCUGGGUUUGGACCUUCCCAGAUGGCUCCUGGCUCUGCCGCCGCUUUGGGGCAGCCUCAGCCACUUAGUUUUGGACAGUCUGUGUUUGGACAGCCGCCAACUACCAGCGCCGCCACUACCGGUGUAUUUGGCACAGCUCCGAGUGCGACCCAGAGCAGAGGCUUUGGAACGUCCAAUUACAGUUUCAAGCCAGUCAAUGAGGCGCUGUUCAAACCCAUCUUCAAUGCCAGCCCUGAGCCCGCUAAUCCUCAAACUACUUCAAUGUCCAGCUCACCUUUUGGCAGCAGUGGGUCCCAGACGAGCUCCAACAUCAUGAGUAGCAGCGGCACUGCCGCCACUGGCUUCUCUCUGUCAACGGGGGCUACAUCCGGCCAGCUGGGCUUCAGCUUCUCGCAGCCGGCUGCAGCCCCCUCUAUCUCUGCUCAAACCAAUACACUAACAACUGGCAAUAGCAGCACUCCUUCUAACACGCUGCAGUUCACCUUUUCCCAGCCAGCAGCGCCCUCCAGCUCCAGCACCAAGGGAUCUACCGCCGAGCCCACCACCCCGUCAUCUUUCAGUUUUUCAGCCAAAGCCCUCCAGCCUCAGGCAAAAACCCUUUUUGGAGGACCCAAUAUUGGUCCGCCCCCAGCUUAUGGUGACAUCAAAGCCAGAGCAGACACUAGCAUAGAGGAGAAGGGGAGCAAUCCCGAGGGCCUAGGAGAGACCAGUGUAUUUGCACGACUCGGUAAAGGCACCAAGAGAAAGGAGGAUCCAACGGUCCCCAGCGCUGUCCCAGAGAAGCCUGCCACAGCAGAUGAGAAGGAGGAGGAUGUUCCAGCAGAAUCAGAUUCACCACGACAUCCUUCAAAGAGGCCCCUAAUGAGGUCCCGCGCCCCACCAGUAGGCUUGUUCGGUAGGGCGUUAAGUGGUCUUCGGAGAGAGGCCAAAAAGGAGCCUGAGCAGCAAGCACCGAAGUGGGAGGAAACGGAGAAGGAAGACGUUCGAUCUCAGGGGGAUGACGUACCUCCUACACCACCCACAGUGCAACCACUGACCAGGGCUGCGCUGGAAAAAGCUGAAGAGUCAGACUCGGCCUCGGACCUCGGCCUCACCACCCCUGUGAGACGCGGCGUACGCAGGGAGAGCGCGGAGAGCCUGAGUGGCAUGUCUGCCUCCGACUGCACCGUCAUCCAGUGCAGGAAUGUGCCCCGCUCCCUCAACAGGAAGGACGUGAUCGAGAAGCACUUCGGCCGUUUCGGCAAAAUCAGUCGGGUCUACUGCCGGCCUGCCAAGAACCUGGUCAUAGUGCACUUUGAUGACCAUGUGUCAGCGUUAAAGGCGAAGAAGAAAGGAAAACAACUAAAUAGACAUGAGCUCCUUCUCAUGUGGCAGAGGAAGAAGCACAGUCCAGAGGACAAAGGGAGCAGAGCUGCAGCAGGAAAGGAGGAGGCAGAGGGAGAACGUCAUGAGGACACAGAGUCCAAGUCUUCCUCACCACUCAGAAAACCUGCACUCAGAAGUUUGAUGAGCUUCAGCCGCAGUUCUCCGGUAAAGAAGUCGUCAUUGGCCAAGUCUCUGCAGUUUGACAUCGAACCCCAGAGAGAGAGCCGCUCGGAGGCCCAGAGAGAGAGCCGCUCGGAGGCCCAGAGCUCGGAGCGCCCGGUCCCCUCCUCCCUCCUCCACCUCGUCGGCCAGACGGCCGAGACCACCGAGGACAAGUUCCGCCUCCUGGAGCAGAGAGACAAGAUCCUGCGUCAAGGUCGGCCCAAGAGGACGGACCUGGACCUGUCUAAGGUGUUUGUGGGGACGUGUCCCGACAUGUGUCCAGAGAAGGAGCGGUACAUGAGGGAAACGAGGAAACAGCUGAGCGUUUUCGAGGUCAUCCCAAACAGUGAAAUGGCCAGCAGAGAAGGCCUUGCAGGCCCUGACGGCCCGCCACUGGUGGAUCACUCGGCAGCCAUCAAGGAAUACAGCCGCUCAUCAGCGGAUCAGGAAGAGCCCCUGCCCCAUGAGUUGCGCCCCCUGCCCGUGCUCAGCAUGACCAUGGACUAUCUGGUGACUCAGAUCAUGGACCAGGGCCAUGACAACUACCGGGACUGGUAUGACUUGGUCUGGAACAGGACCCGCGCCAUCCGCAAGGAUAUCACUCAGCAGCACCUGUGCUGCCCUCACACGGUGUCGCUGAUUGAGAAGUGCACGCGCUUCCACGUGCACUGCGGCCACCACCUCUGCGAGGAGCAUAUGUCGGCUUUCGACGCCAAGAUCAACAACGAGAACAUGACGAAGUGCCUGCAGAGCCUCAAAGAAAUGUACCAAGACCUGGCCAUGCGUCAGGUGUACUGCCCCAUGGAGGCGGAAUUUCGUCAGUACAACGUGCUGCUGAAACUCAACGACGGUGACAUCCUACGUGAAGUUCAGCAAUUCCGCGACGAGGUGCGUAAUUCCCCCGAGGUGAAGUUGGCCGUACAGGCAUUCGCUGCAGUCAACAGCAACAACUUUGUGCGCUUCUUCAAGCUGGUGAAAGGAGCCUCCUACCUCGCCAGCUGCCUCCUACACAGAUACUUCAAUCAGGUUAGAGCUAAAGCCUUGAAUAUCUUGAACAUAGCCCUCACCGUGGGUCCGAGAUCGACUGCGUUCCCAGUUGAGGACAUAGUUCGGAUGUUAAUGUUCCGCAACACCGAAGAGGCUUCUGACUUCAUCCAGCAGUACGGCCUCAAUGUCAACGAUGGUGUGGUAGAGCUGAGUCGGAUAGCCUAUCAGGAGCCAGAUCUGCCUCUGUCCCAGAAGAAAUCCGAGGUCAUCCUCGCAAAGAAAGCCGUGUUGAUCGGAGAGGUGGUGAAUGGAGGCCCCGUCCCCAGCCCUCUGCAGCACACCCCUGUCUGCAGCUUUGACUCCCAGAACAGGUACCGCGGUGAAGGCCCUCUGGCUGAGCCCACUCCCAGCCAAUUUAAAGCUAUCGCUGCCAAGGCAGAAGUUAAGGCACCACCCGGUGUUGAUUUGCUGUCACAGGUGGUUCCAGAUAUGCCCGCUGCGUUCGGGCUGCCGCCCGCUGUUACUGAUGAGACGGGAGAGCGCAGCGAUCGGUACGACCGCUCGGCCCACCCGGCAGACGCCCAGCAGCUGUUCCAGCCGAUACCCCAGCCGCAGCCCGUCGAACCGCCAUCACCUCCGCCCAAACCUCAGCCGGCGUACAGCAAUGAGGACAUCAUGGCUGUACUAGACGUUGUGAUUGAGGAGGUGGUUGGAGCAGCAGUGAGGGAGGUAGCAGGUGCUGGUGCCGGCUAUGCCACAACAGCUCUUGCGGAGAGCGGUGUGCAGGUGGAGUCACUGGUGAGUGAGGUGUUGGGGCAGAUGCUUCAAGAGGUGUCCUCCAGCGAGAUCAAGCUGGAACAGGAGCGUGUCGCCGACGAGGAACGCAAGCUCGACGAAGCCAGGAGGAGGCAGGAGCACGAGGUCUUCCUGGUUCAGUUAAGCUUCUCUCUCUGCAAAGACCUCAUCUACGAAGCUCUAGAUGAGACCAUCAAGGAGACCGCCACCUCCGAGAUCCAACAGGCGGUGACAGAGAAAGCAAACAGAGUAGCUAAAUGCACCGAGCAGGUCUGUACCAGUCUAGUUGAGGAGACGUUGACUGCAGACAUUGCUCUGUUGCUUGAAGACCUCCUUGAAGCUGAGCUGCAACGCAUCCACAAGUAUAUCAAAAGGUGGCGUGAUGUGGUAGCGGUACGUCGGCAGCUGAAGCGACAGAUGAGAGGCUUCCCUGCCGCUCCUUGCUGUGUGGACCCUCGAUUCAAACUGAAGGCUCUGGCUCCCAGCGCCCCCGCCCCCUGCAUGGCAGAUCUGGCCCGUGGUCUGGUCAACCUAGGAAACGCCGGCACCCUGGCCCUCUCCAGCACCAGAUUGUUGAAAAUGAGAGAAGAAGCAAUCCACCAGAUGAGGGUCCACUACUACUAUCAGCAGCUGCUUGAUGAGAGAGUGUGGGAGCCGCUCGACCUGCCAGCACUGGUGGCAGAAAAUAUCCCCAACCCGCCCGACCGAAUAUUCUGGAAAGCUGUUCUCCUCCUGCCGAGCGACCACGAGAGUGUAGCCAGCUUGGCAGACGGGAUCCUGUCAGACUGGCUGGAGGUGAAGCUCGGUGGUUGCAAAGGGUCAGAGGUCAGCGAGGAGCAGCUAGAUGGCACACUGCAGACCCUCUGUGUCACCAACACACUCCGGGACAAAGGACAACGCACCUACAAAGUCCACAUCAGCAUCAAGGUGUCCCGAGGCCCUCUCACCGAAGACGGCCUGUCCAAAACGGAGGAGUGCCGUGACCUCCAGGGGACGGGGGCUCUGAUUGUGUUGCUUCCCGCCAUCACCGAGGCCGGGCACGACGAGCAGGAUUUAGCUCUGCUGUCGGCCCUGCUUCAGCUCAAACAGCUACAGCAGGCCAGCGCCUGGCACUGCCCGCUGCCUCUGGCCAUUCUGGUGCCAGGGCCCGAGUGUGGCAGCGGUGAUGCACAGAAACUCGAAGAAGGCCUGAUGCUGCACACACUGGUCCAGGAGGGCCUGAUAUCGGAGUACACCUUCUUCUUCAUACCAGAGACCACAAGUGAGCUACAGGGAUCCAAGCAGCUGAGCCAGGCUACCCGUUGGCUGCUGGCCCGUGCUCCACCGCCCUUCCCGCUCUCCUGUCAGACCCUGGUGCAGCUCGUAGAGGCCAGUUUGAGUCGUGAAUUCAGCCCCCGAGUUCACGCUCACCGCCAGGAGCGGGUCGCUGCACGUCUUCCCUCCCAGGACCCUGUGCCUGUCAUCCAGCUGUACAACGGCGUCUUGGCUCACAUCGCUGACAAAGUGUCGUCCCAGGAUCUCAGCAGACUCUCGUGGCCGCCAGGAGAGUUCUGCAUGCAUGACACCCGUGACUUUGUCCCUCAUCUGGAUUGGAACUCUGCCCAGCACCUGGACUGGUUGCGCAAAGUCAUCCUCAGCCUGCAGCUGCCACAGUGGGAGCAACUAUCUGCUACAGACUCGUGGUCUGCGCUCUGCUCCUCCAUCUUUUGCUACUCGGCUCAGAUCCCAGUCUCGCAGCGCAGUCAGCCUCUCCUAAUGUCACGGCUGGAAAACCUUCUGGAAAGGGUCAGGCUCAGGGGCUACCGUACCCAAACCCCUGCGUCCAAGCUAGCCACGAGCAACUGGGAUGACGAGGAUGCGUGUCCAGCCUUCGGUCAGAUUCCUUGGGACGACGUGCUGGUGAUUUGCAUAGACCACAAACUGAAAGACUGGCAGAUCCCCGGACCACCUGUCUGUGAAGAUGCCAUGACGGAUGACGGGGAGAUCCUGGUUUACCUCCCCACCGAGUCAUUAAAGGGUUUCCAGCCACCUGAAGAAUGGACCCAGGCCAUCAGACAAAUGCACCGAGAGAAGCAGCAAGAGACGGAAGGUGCGGAUGCUGCUGCUUGUGCCACGCCCGGCACUCUGUCCCUCAGACAGAGGUUGUUCAACAGUCUGGCCGAGCCUCUCGAGGCCCCAACGGCCCCGCUGGACAUCACGCACACUCCCACAGCACAAGAGCUCCUGGCCCACAAAGUCCUCAAGAGCUUGGAGGAGGAGAAGGCUGAAAGCAAAAGGAGCAUGGAGCAGCUUCAGCGUUGGCUGGAUGGUGACCCCUUGGUCCACUUGUCCACACCGCUUUUCAUUCCAUCCUCAACUCUGUUGUCGGUGCACACAACCAUAACGCAUGCACCCACAGCUGCCGUCACACAGGAGCCAAAGCCUGAUGAUCUGUUGGACAAAGCAGACCGACCUCAAACCAUGCCUGUGUCUAUGACGUGGCGGCUGAAGGAACUCGAGCGACAGAUUUUGGCGAGCCAUGAGGAAGAAUCGGCCUGCAGACUGAAGCUGAGUGGUCUACUGAGCAUUGUUGAUGAUUGAUGAACUGUUGGUGGAAAAUCACAACUGCCGCUAUGCAAAUAAUUGAAGUACUUAAAAAAAAAAAAAAAAAAAAAAGACAACAUUUUAUUUGCUGAGCUCAUGGCAGACUCCGGCAUACAGAGUUUACUAUGUUGUUUGUGCAGUGUCUAUCAUAUUGGUUUUUGCAUAAACCUGACCCUUAAAGUGUGUUAAAAUCUCUGGGAAGGUUGCUCUUCUUCUUGUCUGUCUUUAACACACAUUUAUGUACUAAGAUUGUAUUUGUAAAACCAAUCCAUUGAAAGUGUUCUGUGUUGUUUGUAACCAAUUUUUGUAUUGUUGAGUAAUGAAAUAGCCUAACAGCUAAAUAAAAGUGUAGUUUUUCCUUGUAAACUU